GAAACAUUACAUGACGCCAGUGCUACGUUCUUAAGCAAGCGUAAAAGCAGCGGGGAUUCGCGGCGGCUGACUUAUUUAUGCCCGCAUUGCACCGCUUUACAGCAGCAGGAUUAAGAAACAAACGCCUUCAUUGCUGAUUAAUGGCCAGGUUGCGGGGCGCCGUUCGGGAAUCGAUGUCAAGAUGCCAAAUGAAUGUCAAUAAUAUUCGAUCGAAUCCACGCCGGCGCUGAAAAGUCCAUUUAACCUCCGAAUUCUUGGUGCAAUAAUCAGGUGCAUAGAACUUAAUAUCGGCCUGUGCUCAAGUUGGCUGUGAUAGCCUUCCAGCAGCAAGCUCCAACCUUCCAAACUUUUCAGCGUCCAAACUUUUUCAGCGUCCACUCUUCCCCGCGCGUGCUGCGUAUUCAACAAAGUCAACAGCAAUGGCGGACUUCGCAAUGCCAGAGUACCUCUGGCUGGUGGUGGUCGGCUCCAUGGCCGCCUUCGCUUUCGGCUGGGGCACUGGCUCCAACGAUGUGGCCAACGCGUUCGGUACCAGUGUUGGUGCCAAGACCCUCACACUGAAGCAAGCAGUUAUCAUCGCCAUCAUCUUCGAGUUCGUCGGCGCGCUUGUGCUCGGACGUGUGUCAACCUCGACCAUCGCCGGUGGUAUUGCCAACAUCAACGUGUUCCUUGCAGAGCCCGAGGUUUACUCGUACGGCAUGAUCAUUGCCUUGACCGUGGGCUUCGUGUGGCAAGCACUGGCCUCCUACUGGGAGCUCAACGUGUCCGCGACCCACUCGAUCAUUGGUGCCAUCAUCGGCUUCUCGUUCGUGUUCGGCGGCGCCAACGCUGUUAACUGGGCCACCCCGGACUCGGCCUCAUUCCCUCCCUACAAGGGCGUUGUGCCCAUCGUGCUGGCCUGGUUCGUGUCGCCCGUGCUGACCGGCCUGUGCUCGUGCAUUCUCUUCCUGAUUGUCCGCACCCUGGUGCUUCGCCGCGAGAACUCCUACGUCCUGUCCUUCUGGGUUCUGCCUGUGAUGGUCAUGAUCACCACAUGGAUCAACAUUUACUUCGUGUUCACCAAGGGUGCCAAGAAGACUCUGUCUUCUAGCGACGACUGGACCGACGCCAAGGCUGCCUGGAUUGCUGCCUGCUGCGCUGCCGGCCUGGCCUUCCUGACCAUCGUCCUGGUCCUGCCCCUGCUCAAGUGGAAGGCCGACAAGAAGUUCCGUAUGGAUGAGGAGAAGGCUGCCGGCGGCGCCGACGAGGAGGCUGCUAAGGCUAAGGCUAAGGCUGAGGACGAGGCCGCUUCCGAGACCAACUCCAAGUUCCUGAAGGCGAUGACGUCGCUGAAGCGCGCCGCCAUGCACGGCCUGGAGGUGGACGUGCAUGAGGUGGUUGAGGAGGACCCCAUUGUGGCCGCCAUCCACAAGAACGCCGAGGUGUUUGACCCCAAGGCCGAGUACGCGUUCAGCUACCUGCAGGUCUUCUCCGCCAUCUGCGUCAUUUUCGCUCACGGCGCCGGCGAGGUGGGCUACAUGGCCGGCCCCCUGGCCACCAUCUGGUUCACCGUCAAGGACGGCACGCUCUACAGCAAGGUGCAGGCACCCAUCUGGAUUAUCAUCAUCUCCGCCCUGGGCCUGGUGAUCGGCCUGGCCACCUACGGCUACAACGUCACCCGCGCCGUCGGCACCCGCAUGGCCAAGCUGUCGCCCACUCGUGGCUUCGCUGCUGAGCUGUCAACCGCCAUCGUCAUUAUGGUUGCCGCACAGUACGGCCUUCCCACCUCGUCUUCUCAGUGCAUCACGGGUGGCAUUGUGGGCCUGGGCAUGAUCGAGGGCAAGACCGGCGUGAACUGGAUGUUCCUGCUGCGCACCUUCGCCUCGUGGGUUGCUACCGUCGUCGUUGUGGCCCUGACUACCGCCGCCAUCUUUGCCAUGGGCGUGUUCGCGCCCUCGAUCAGCUGCAACAAGCAGCUCUACCUGUACGAGCGCUAUACCAUCGAGCAGGGCCAGUCCAUUGCCAAGGACGUGCUGUCCACCCUGAACGCCUACAAGACCUUUGCCUACCAGAACACCACCCUGCCCAACCUGAACCAGACCAAGUGGCAGGCGAUGAACAAGUCCAUCAACGCCUACAUCUCCAACGGCACCAAGUUCCUCACGUACAAGAGCUACGGCUCGCUGAACCCCCAGACGACCAACAGCUACCUCUCUGCCGCCAUCACGCUCAUGGCCUCGACCUCCAUCACCACGCUGGGCCAGGCGCAGACCUACCCCACCGCCAAGGUGUGCAACGACAACAGCACGCUGCCCAUGACCUUCAACCAGGCGUGCAAGGCGCCGCAGCCCAUGAAGGCGAUCGGCAGCACCUACGGCUUCAACAUCACCACCGUAUAAGCGGUCCCUAGACGACGGGUUGUGCUAGCUAGGUAGGGAAAGCGUUGCUGACUUCCAAGCACAAGCUGGUCAUUAGCAGCUGAGCAUGUUCAAUGGGAUGUGGUAACACCUGGGUUCACGUAGCCACGGCUGGCGUCGCCAUAACUGGGCUUUACUGCCGGACGUGUUCUUGUAUACGUGAAGUGCAAACAACUAUGCACUCUAUGGUCUCUGUUUUGUUUGAUUGGCCGCCGUCGCUGCCACAUUCAUGUGCGACGCGCAAGCGUAUUAGUGCAGAAGGCGUGACUCAACAGCUGGAUGUAUGGCGCUCAUCAUCUUGUUUGGCGCAGUGAGGAACUGAGGAUGAGCGGGUUGACUUGUUUGACUUGUUGUUGUGACGGGCAGGGCAAUAGGCACGGAUGCGAAGUGCAGCUGCUUCGGGACUCCCGUCGCGAAUUCGCAGCGACGGUGUGCGUGCAAAUGCACGGCUGGUUGGGCGCUGCACUGCGUAACACUUUUGCGAACUGUGUCACUACUGUGACGAUCAGUAGGCAUGCCCCGAGGGUAAAUGGCAUGCAGCGUUGCCGAAAUGUACGGGCGUCCACGCCGCACGAGACGGCUGAACAGUGCUACGAUCAGGGAUGCGCCCUGGCUAGAAUGGAAACUGGUUGAUGAAGGCACGGAAACGUGUUGUGAGACUGAGCAACACCUGCGAGGAAGUGGGCGGGGAUUUGUGCAGGGCCUUGUCCUAGGGUGUUGAUAGCUUUCUCCGUGUAACCCAGGAUUCGAGUGUGCGGUCAUAUGGGUCUCCACGAGUCAGGGGAAUUCAUACCAAUGUGUGAGACUCCUGGCAUUGCGUAGAGGUAGGCUAUGGGUCCCCGGGUAGGCGACUGCAGGGCUUACACUAUAAUGCGCUGAUGAGAACGUGGGGCAGCGGGCCUGAGGCAGUACCGCGCAGGGGGGUGUCGGGCGCGCACUGCGGGGGGGGAGGGGCCACGGUUGGCACGGUCGGCGAGCCCUGCCUAGCCGACUGUCCCGGAAGCCCGAAAUGGCAUUACAUUAAUGUACCGUAUUAUCGUCAUAACUACACACCGAUGGCAACAUGGUAGCAACUUUCGCCGGGGUGGACAAGGGCGCCGCGACUUGAUGACUUCGCCUACAUGUAAGUACAUUGCAAA